AUAUAUUAUGUCUAUGGCAUUAACCAAUUAGAAUAAAGAAAUCUUUACUCUCUUUGCGCUGAUUGGUCAAUUAAACGCUUCAAAGCAUUUUUAGCGUCUUUCGCCCAUGUUCACCGAGCGUCGUUUUAUCUUCGUUAUUUACUGAAAGUUAAACAAAGAUAAAACGACGCUCGUGUGCACACGGAUGACGUUCUCGAACGCACCCCAGCCAAUGUCAGACAAAACCACUGACUGCACAUAUUGCAAUUUAUUUUAUUUGUGAGUGCCAGUGAAUAUGUACAAUUCAAAGAGCGAAGUACAUACAUCAGAAUCGCAUUGCAUAUAGAUUCCGUUCUAUUGUAAAUUUCCUGAUCAGAUCGUGUUGAAUCGUGUGUAUCAUUAACGAAGUGAAUGUAUCGUUGAUAGCUUUAACAAAACGCAAUUUCAAAAUCAUACAUUAAUCGUAUAGAUAAUUGCGUUAAAGUUGCAUUAUGGAUAAGAAGACCGAAGAAGAUCGAAGAGGUAAUUUUCAAACGGUAGUGCGCCACAUUCUCUUCUUGAAUCACAAAUAAACAAGAAAUAAUAUACAAAGAAUAAUGUGCUAUGAUAUGUGCUACGGUAUCAUACGAUAAUUUACAUGAAGAAAAACAAAACGUUUCUUCUGAAUCAUCGGAAAUAGAGAAUUCUGAAAUGGAAAGAUUACGUAGAUAUCUAAUUCAGAAGUUAAGACUUGUUGAUUUGUCAACGAGUAAUCAAAAUGAUCAGCCGCAACAAAGAGUUCUUUGUGAACUUAGCUUAGAUGGAAUUGUCGAAUAUAUUAAAGAAAAACCAGAUUGCAAAAUCAUUACUAUGGCAGGUGCUGGAAUCUCUACCUCUGCUGGAAUACCAGAUUUUCGAUCUCCAUCUAGUGGACUUUAUCAUAAAUUAGACAAAUAUAAUUUACCUUAUCCGCAGGCUAUUUUUGAGUUAGAUUUUUUUAUGAAGAAUCCAGAACCAUUCUUCACACUUGCAAGAGAAUUGUUGCCAGAAGGGUUUCGACCUACAAUAAGUCAUUACUUUAUCCGUCUGCUAUGGGAAAAAGGUCUACUACUACGACAUUAUACACAGAAUAUUGAUACACUGGAACGUAUAGCUGGAUUACCUUCUGAGAAAUUAGUAGAAGCUCAUGGAACAUUUCAUACUGGUCGCUGUCUUAAAUGCCGAGCGCCAUAUAUGCUUCCAUGGAUGAAAGAAAAAAUCCUAGAAGGUAUGAUACCAAAAUGCGAAGAAUGUAAUGAAGGUGUUGUAAAACCUGACAUAGUUUUUUUUGGUGAAGUGUUACCUGAACGUUUUCAAGUACUUGCUGAUCAAGAUUUUGUACAAGCUGAUCUUUUAAUUAUUAUGGGAUCAAGUUUGGUAGUACAACCUUUUGCAUCAUUAAUAGACAGAGUGCGAGCUACUUGUCCACGUCUGCUUAUCAACAAUGAAAAAGUAGGUAUGCAAGAUCGUUUAUCGCGUUUCUUAGGACUACGGCAGGGUUUAAUGUUUGAUACCAAGAAUGCGCAAGGAGGACGCGAUAUAGCUUGGCUCGGUGAUUGCAACACAGGUUGUCAACUACUGGCGGAUAAACUUGGCUGGGGGGAUGAAUUGCAAACUCUUAUGCAAAAAGAACAUGACAAUUUAGAUAUAAAAAACCAAAAUGACAAUUAAUUCGUAAUGAUUGAAUAUUACUAAUAAUGGGAAAAGAUUUUCUCUAAGAAGAAAAAGAAGUCAUUUUAUUGGCACAUUUUAUUUUAUCUUAAGAAUAUACUAUACGAAAUUUUAAUUAAGGUAGGUAAUAAAACAUUGUUGAAAUACUAGAUAAUAUCUGCAAUGCAAUUAUUUAAAAAUGUAUAUAUGUUGAUUUAUUUUAUUAUUUCUUAUAAGUAAAUAAUUAAACAAUAAUGUUAAUGUGUAAUCUUAAUGUAGCAUUAGGAAUUACCAAUGACUCAGGCCUUCCUAAUUAUCUCAUUUGAUUUCUGAACUGUAUAAAAAAUUCAAAUAUGAAAACAUGGGUUUUGCGGUAAAAUCAUUGGACAUGGAAAAUAAGAACAUAGAAGAAUAUAUUUUGUUCUUAUGGAUACUUUAAAUAUUUUAUUUAUGUUUCUGAAAAUAUCCAUUAUUAAAUAAAAAUAAAAUAAUAUGGUGAUAGU